AUGCCGUCGGUUUCGAAGGCGGCGGCGGCGGCGAGCGCGUCCCCCCCGCAGACCGAGAAGCCCACGCACUACCGGUACCUGAAGGAGUUCCGCACCGAGCAGUGCGCGCUGUUCCUGCAGCGCCGCUGCGCGCGGCACCGGCCCUUCACCUGCUUCCACUGGCACUUCCGGAGCCAGCAGCGGCGCAGGCCGCUCCGCCGGCGCGACGGCACCUUCAACUACAGCGCGGACGUGUACUGCGCCCAGUACGACGCGGCCUCGGGCCUCUGCCCCGACGGCGACGGGUGUCCCUACCUGCACCGCCCCACCGGGGACACGGAGCGCAAGUACCACCUGCGCUACUACAAGACGGGCACCUGCAUCCAUGAGACGGACGCCCGGGGCCGCUGCGUGAAGAACGGGCCGCACUGCGCCUUCGCGCACGGCCCGCUGGACCUGCGCCCACCCGUGUGUGACAUCAGGGAGCUGCAGGCGCAGGAGGCCCUGCACAGCGGGCAGCCCGGCGGGGGAGGCGCCGGCCCCGACCUGCAGCCCGGGGUCCUGGCGAGCCAGGCCAUGAUCGAGAGGAUCCUGGGCGAGGACCCCCGGUGGCAAGACGCCAGCUUCGUGCUGGGCAGCUACAAGACGGAGCAGUGCCCGAAGCCGCCGCGCCUGUGCCGCCAGGGCUACGCCUGCCCGCACUUCCACAGCAGCCGGGACCGGCGCCGCGACCCCCGCAGGUUCCAGUACCGGUCCACGCCCUGCCCCAGCGUGAAGCUUGGUGAUGAGUGGGGCGAGGCCUCGCGGUGUGAUGGCGGGGACGCCUGCCAGUACUGCCACUCACGCACGGAGCAGCAGUUCCACCCCGAGAUCUACAAGUCCACGAAGUGCUACGACAUGCGCCAGACCGGCUCCUGCCCGCGGGGCCCCUUCUGCGCAUUCGCACACGCCCAGACAGAGAGCCUGGGGACGGCGAGCGACUGGGGCUGCCCGGACCCUGACCCCACCCACAGCACCUCAGCCUCUGGCGUCCAGCUUGUACAGAACCACCUCGCUGUGUUUGCCCUGGCCUCCCCGCUGGCCAGCGUCAGCUCCAGUGUGGCAUCCAGCCUGGCAGGCUCAGGUAGCUCCUCCCCCACGGCUCCGCCCGCCCUGCCCAGCCACGUGCUCCCGUGGGACCCCGCCCCAGGUCCCGCGGCACUGGGCUCGGUGGCACCCGGCACCGCCCUGGGCCACCUGCCCCGCUCCCCGUCGCUGCACUCGUCCUCCUCGCUGUCCACCUCCCCGCGCAGCUCGCUCACCUCGGCCAUGACGCCCCCCCAGCAGCCGCCGCCCCCCGGCCCCGAGCCGGGCUCCCGGGGCUUGGGUCUGAAUGGCGUCCCCGGGAGCGUCUGGGACUACGUUUCCAGCAGCUUCUCUCCCAGCCCAUCCCCCGGCCUGAGUGCUGGCCCCACGUCCUCAAACGCGACUCCUAACGGCACGGAGCUGGCCCGAGUCCGGCGGCAGCUGGACGAGGCCAGGAGGAAGAUCAGGCAGUGGGAAGAGUCCUGGCAGCAGGUCAAGCAGGCCUGCGACGCGUGGCAGCGGGAGGCCCGGGAGGCCCAGGAGCGCGCGCGCGCGGCCGACAGCGACCGACAGGCGGCGCUGCGCAGGAAGGAGGCGGCGGAGGCGCAGGUGCAGCAGCUGCGGGAGGAGCUCGAGGGGCUGGGCGUGGCCUCGCUGCCCGACGUGGGCGCCAUCCCGCUGCCCCAGCUGCACUCCCUGCAGACGCGGCUGCGCCUGGACUUGGAGGCCGUGGACGGGGUGAUCGGCCAGCUCCGCGCCAAGCAGAGUGUGGCCGGCGGAGAGCCGGCCCGGGGCGGCCCCUGCGAGCCGCGUGCCGCCAGCACCCCCGAGUGCCCGCCCCCUCAGUGGUGAGCCCGCGGGCAGCGUGUUCUCCCCAGAACCCGGAGCCGAGCGCGGGGCUGCGUGUCUGCGUUGCUCGCGCUGUUGGUAGCAGGUGCGUGAGGGGGUGGCAGAGCAGCACUGGGGGCCUCCACCUGGGCCUGGCUGUCACUCGGGUGGGGUCCACCCCCAGCCCAGCGUGUGCGCUCAGUGGGGUGGUCCGAGGCCAGCGUGGCUGGGACCCGUGCCCGCCUGUGUCUUGGGGAAGGGACGCAGGGGCUGCAUUCGGAUGUGAUGGGGCCCAGUCUUCUCCCGAGGUGCCUGGUGGCCCCCUCCCCACACCCAGGACCCCCACGAUUCCUGGGGCCAGGGUCCUAGGCUGUUCCAACUGGCACGGUCACCGAUCUGUGUCCAGCCAGGAGGGAAGGGAGGCCCGGCCUGUGCAGCCUGGGUGCCCAAGCAGCUCCAAGGUGCCCACCCUGCUGGGAGGCAGCCCCUGAGCCCGAUGCCACCGGCCGUGGGAGCACUGGCAGGGCAGUGGGGGGGGGGGGGCGUGGACAGCUCGGGGCCCCUGCGGCUCUGGGCUCAACUGCGUCAGCCCUGGAGUGCACGUGUGGUGCGGAGGACCCUAAGGUGGCCUUUGUCGCUCCCGGAUCCAGGAUCCACAGGGCUCCGUGUGCUUGGUGCACCUGCGCCCUGUCACCUGCACUCGUACUUAGCGCCUGCUGCCUUGGGGGCCCCCAGGCUCCAGGCCGGCCCCGCUCCACCCCGAGUCCACCGUGGGUGUGGGGCCUGGGCCCCAGUGUGGGCGCCGGGUCAGUGUUCCGCGUGUAGAGUCUCAGCGCAGGGGGUGUUGAUGGCGCCAUCGUCCCCUGUCAUGGAUGGUUCACAGCUGGUGACACGCGGGUGAAGUUCUUACACUGUGGCAUUUA